CUAUGAAGUUAUAAUUAAGCUCCUAUUUUCCAUUCCUUAAGCAACUUUGUGAAACUUUUUUGUUCCGGACUAUAGGAGAGUUGAGUGUUUGUCAGCGCCAGCUUUUAAUCUACAUUUUGUUCCCGUAGGCAUUUGUCUUCGACAUCCCUAGAGCUGAAAGCAACAAAAUCAGACGAUUACGUCAACCAGUAUGCAGUAGCUGAAGAGAAAACAUCUUAUCAAAGUCUGUCUCCAUCACCAGGUGGUGCCAUGGAAAGAGGAGUGUACAUGGCGAGAUACAACGUACCUGGAACUAUUCCUGCCAUCAACAGUACUAGUCGCCAUGCGCAACCCGAGGGACGAGACCCGUGCAGUCCCGUGGAGAGGCCAACAGAGAAACCAGCCAGUGAUGAAUACGACUAUGCGGAGUCUAGUCUCGUGGUUCGUAAUAAUCUGCUCAAGAUCGAUUUCCCUGGGUCAAAAGAGAAGGACUCCAACACACUCGAAGAUAAUGUCCCCUAUUACCAUGUACUCGAGAUGAGAGAGGAAGGUCUUCAAAGUGAGGAGCCGAGUGAAGGCCGUUGUGGAAAAGCCGAGGAAAUUGCUCCUUGUUAUCAAGUACUUGAAGAACCUAAUCCUUCGGAUUCCCAAAGCAGCUCGUUCAGACGAGACGAAGGAGGAGCUCACGUUGCACAUCAUGAGGAAACAGACCCUUUCUAUCAUAUCUUAGAGGAGUCGACAGACGACAAGCAGAAAGGACCUGGUGAUGGAGUAGGAGCUUGCAAUUGCGGAGUAAAAGGACCUAUUAGCUCUUCAGACAAUGAAGAAUAUCGUGGUUACAAAGAGCUUAAAUCAGAUGGGCUCAUAUCUAAAGAUUACCAGGCGCUUCACAAAUAUGCCUAUGUAACUAUCGGAGACCCUGAAGAUAGCUGUUAUAACUAGGAUAUAUAUCUUCUAGUAUAGGUUCCCGCAGCGAAGUGAUAUAUAUGAAGAAGAACUUUCGCAUAAUAAAUAUGACCGUGUAUAAUAUAAUGAUAGUAAGAUAUUUCUUAGAAAAUCGCUGCUGGAAGCAGACAAAGUCUGCUCUAGCUUCCUGCACAAGAAUGAAGUGUAUUAUUACAACGUAGACCAGGUUCGUGUGAGGUCAAGAUGGCUGGAAAUUGGCCAAGUUCUUUUUUUGCGUGUUUAUGGAAA